AUGCCACUUGGACACAGUCCACCAAAAAUGUCUGAAAUCGAGACAAGGUCAAAAACUGCUUCGCAAGAAGCCACCGGUGGUAAGAGGGAACCCUCACCGCGCCCGAAACCUAAAACUUUUGACCCAUCCGCUCAAAAGUUUAUAGCGGAAAGUGACAGUAUCAUGAGAUACUGUGCAAGAUUCAGUGAUGCACCGAUCCAAGACCACACUGAAUCAUAUCUUAUGAUAAAAGACAAAUCACUAGAUGAUUGUUGGGCACGGCUCCAGUCCGCCUAUGAUUUGGUUUUUUCAAAGCCAGAUGACAGCCUACCCGAAAACUUUAAGAGUUCGGUAGAAGGCAAGUACUUCACUUGCCUUGAAUUAUAUGAGGUGACCAAAGCUAAAAUUGCCGAUCAACUGUCGUUGAUUAAAGCAAUCGCCGCACCGAGUCCACCACCCCGCGUGGAACACACCUCGGCAGAGGCAAACGUUUUUCUUCAAGUCCCACCUUGUGACACGGAGACAUUUUACGGUGGUUACGAAGAAUGGCCCGCUUUUCGUGACAUGUUCACAGCGGUGUACAUCAACCACCCGAAGCUCUCCCGUGCUCAAAAACUGUAUCACCUCCGGUACAAAACUCAAGGAAAAGCCGGUUCCAUCGUCAAGCAAUACCCGCUCAGCGAUGAUAACUUCGAGCUGGCCUGGGAAGCUUUACGGUCACGAUACGAAAACAAACGUAUCUUGGUUGACAACCAAAUUAAAAUUUUGAUGACUUUGCCGACUAUUCAAUCCGAGAAUAGCGAGCAACUUCAAAGGCUGCAAACAUCAAUUAACAACUGUCUGUCAGUUCUUAAUUCCCAAGACGUCCAGACAGACAGUUGGGAUCCCAUAUUGGUGUACAUUUGCUCAUCCAAAUUGCCCGAAGCCACACUGUCACUUUGGGAACAAUCUCUCUCUUCUCGAAGAGAUUUACCCUCAUGGUCACAAAUGGACGAUUUUCUUACUUCAAGAUACGAAGUAGUCGAAAGACUUAACCGGCUUCAUCCAAGCCAAAAUAAACAAAAACCAGUCGCUCAUCAAAAUGCUGCGCAAAACAGGUCCUUUAACAGGACUCAAACCUUUGUGGCAGAACCUAAGAGGGAACCAACUUGCUCUUACUGCAAGUCCCCUCAUCCCAUUAGAGUCCGCCCACAAUUUAAGCGAAUUUCGGUACCGAACCGAGUACAAUUCGCAAACCAAACCAAGCUGUGCAAAAACUGCCUUGGUAAUACCCAUAGCACUAAUGAGUGUCCGAGCAAGUGGUCAUGUACACAUUGCCAACAACGGCAUCACUCCCUGCUGCACAUGAAUCCCAAACCACAAUCUCGACACUCCAGUGCGCGAACGAAUGAAACCGCCGCACAACACACUACUGCCCAGUCGACACCUCCCGCUCGACAAGCGCAGUCAAGCUCCGAUUCCAGCGAGCAACCGUGCUGUUCCAAACAAGCACAACUACAAUCAUUGCACACCGACAAUGAUAGCAAAAUUCUCCUUCCAACUGCCAUAGUCGCAGUUGAACACGAGGGUGAAUUGUUUCAACUUAGAGCCCUGAUUGAUCAAGGCUCACAAAGAACUUUCAUUUCCUCGAAAGUUCAAAAACGGUUGAAACUACCAUUCGAAUAUUCCAAGUUCGAAAUUUCCGGCAUGGGUGGACAUGUAGUACAAAGCUCCUCAAAGCUUUGUCCACUCACAUUGGUAGCACCAAAAACCAUGCAACGGAUAAACACACAGGCUAUCGUGUUACCUCAGCUCACGAGGCACAUGCCUACAUUCACCAUUAGCCGUGAAAACUGGCAGCAAUUCAAGAUCCUUGAACUUGCUGACCCAAGCUGUCACAUACCAGCUCAAACUGACAUGGUAAUCGGCAGCAAUAUACUUCCACAAAUCCUGCUGGAAGGUAUACAAAAUAUUUGCGACACAAUACUUGCGCAAAAAACAAUAUUUGGCUGGAUUCUCAGUGGUCCAAUAACCGAAAAUGUGGUGUCAUUCUCGACACAAGUAGAAGAGUGCUCGAAUGCAACUCUCAGCUCUCAGCUUCGAAAGUUUUGGGAAGAGGAGGAGAUUCCACAACCUCCACAAAUUUCCCCGGAAGAUCAGGCUUGUGAGCAUAUAUAUGCAACAACAACGACUCGUGCCCCAAACGGUCGAUACAUUGUGCGACUUCCAUUCAAGGAAGAAUUUCCAAAAAAGCUGUCUCUGGGCCACUCUCGGUCUGCUGCACUUCAGCAGUUUUUUAGCAUGGAGUGA